CCAGCCUUCAUCAGACGCGUUCUGAGUAUGCAUGGCUCCUACCCACAUUCUCCAGCCUUCUUCAGACGCGUUCUGAGUAUGCAUGGCUCCUACCCACAUUCUCCAGCCUUCAUCAGACGCGUUCUGAGUAUGCAUGGCUCCUACCCACAUUCUCCAGCCUUCUUCAGACGUGUUCUGAGUAUGCAUGGCUCCUACCCACAUUCUCCAGCCUUCUUCAGACGCGUUCUGAGUAUGCAUGGCUCCUACCCACAUUCUCCAGCCUUCUUCAGACGUGUUCUGAGUAUGCAUGGCUCCUACCCACAUUCUCCAGCCUUCUUCAGACGCGUUCUGAGUAUGCAUGGCUCCUACCCACAUUCUCCAGCCUUCUUCAGACGCGUUCUGAGUAUGCAUGGCUCCUACCCACAUUCUCCAGCCUUCUUCAGACGCGUUCUGAGUAUGCAUGGCUCCUACCCACAUUCUCCAGCCUUCUUCAGACGCGUUCUGAGUAUGCAUGGCUCCUACCCACAUUCUCCAGCCUGAAACCUUUGCUUCCUCCUUCUGCUCCGUCUAAGCAGCCUUGAGCCCCCUGGCUUCCAUCUGUGAAGCGCAUCUUUAAGUCCAUCUGCUCUGUCUUUGCCUGCACUGCUGUCGUCACUCCAGGCUAACUCCUCCUGAGUCCCAGCAGCUUCUCACUUUCCUGUCUGUGUAAUGACCCCUCUUCCCAAGCCAUGGAGAGUGUGGUGGAGAAGUCAGACCACAUGGCUUCCUUGCUCAGGGCAGUUCACUGUUUUCCCUUUGUAAUUGGAAUAGAGUUCUAAAUCCUCAAAUGCUUGCUCUGUCAGCCUCAGGCGUCCUCAGCAAUCACACACACACACACACACACACACACACACACACAGACACACACACACACACACAGACACACACACACACACACACACACACACACACACACAUUCUCCACACUCCAGCUUCUUCCCUUUCUGCUUCAGUGGGGUUGCCUCUGAGGAUCUUCCCUGCCCCCACUCAAGGAUACCUGCUAAGAUUCUUUCACUCCUGGCCCAGAGUAUCCCUUUCUUUUCAAUAGAACACUUUCUUGCUUCAUGGUGCUGCUAAACCACAAUGCUACUCUUUCAGUUGUCUCUUGAAAAUGUCAUUUUUAAUAAAAAUGUUAUUCAUACAGAUAAUGGAUUUGAUAUUUUAGAAUUAAUAAUUAUUGUUAAAAUGUCUUGGUUUUAAUACAGUAAAUGAUAUUGGAGACCAAGUUAUUUUAAUUUUUAUCAUGAUAAAAUAUAAAUAACAAAAUUUGCUUUAGUAAUAAUUUUUACUAUAAAGUAUAAAUUCUAUAACAUUAAAUUUAUUUACAUUUUUUGUAUCUACAUGAAAGAAAGUCAAGCUAUUUUAUACAAAUGGAAUUAUAAAAUAAAAUAUUUGUCCUUUUGUGUCUGGCUUCUUGUGAUGCUUUCAAAGCCUAUAUAUAUAGUAACAUAUAUCAAAUUUUGUUUCUUUUUAUGGCUGAGUAGUAUUCCACUAUAUGCACAUACCACAUUUUGCUUAUGCAUUUACUUCUUUUAUAGUGUAAGAGCACACUGUAAAGUUACUGAUGGUUUAAGUAGAUUUACUGAUUGAAUAAUAAAUUAUAUGAUAGAUUCUGUAUAUGAACAGAACAUGAAUUAUGGAGAUAUUCUCCCAGAGAAUUUUAUAAUCCCCAGAAAGAAAAAUUUUACUUGGUAUUUGAAAUUCUGAGUCAUCAUUUGGAGAAAUUUUACCUGGUAUUUGAAAUUGAGUCAUUAUUUGAAGUAGCCUUUAGUCAUUUAAUUCUCACUUCCCCACGAUAUGGAUACAGUAGCCAUGUAAAGAUUGGUUUUGUUGAAAACCUGGGCACUGUUGUUGAUUAUACAUACCAGAGUCAGCUCUUCCCUUGCAAUGGUAAAUACAAUUUGUAUUUUCCUUUUCUUUUCCUUUUUUUUUUUUUUUUCUUUUUUUCGGAGCUGGGGACCGAACCCAGGGCCUUGCGCUUCCUAGGCAAGCGCUCUACCACUGAGCUAAAUCCCCAACCCCCCCUUUUUUUUAUUGGAUAUUUUUUAUUUACAUUUCAAAUGCUAUUCCCUUUCCCGGUUUUCCAGCCAUAAGCUCCUAUCCCAUCCCCCUUUUUGUAUUUUUAUUUUAAUGUAGGUAUUUAGGUCAUAGUUUCCUAUAAUUUUUAGUGUUUCUUUUUUUCUUCUUUUUUUUAGUGUUUCUUUUAUUGACCUAAAUAGAUGGUAUAUAGUUAGUACUUAAUAAUCAAUGCUGUGGACAUUCCUGCAGUACGGUUAUAGUGUUAUUACUUGUAAUACCUUAUUGUAAGUGCUAUUACUAUGGUGCUGUGGUUGAGGUUUUUUGAGACAGGUUCUGUAGCACAGGCUGACUUUGAAUUUUCAGUCCUCCUGCUUCCACGUAGCCAAGCAAGGGUGUUAAAAAUGUGUGCCCCCAUAUAUUCUCUGAAUUAUUUUCGUCGACUGUACUGUUUAGUUAUUCAUUACUUACUUUACUAGUUUGUCUCAUAAAUCAUUCUGAUUUUAAGGUCUUAAAUUUUAUGUAACUUUCUGUUCUAUACUCACAAUUAGGCUUUUGCCUUUCCAAGUGUCAGCAUUCACAAUUCAGCACUGUGCCAGGCCCUUUACCUGUAUUGAGCCACACAGGCCAUUUGUUAGGGAAGGCAAUUGGUUGCUCUCUGCUUCUGUCUGUGUUUAUGAGUCACCCUGUAGCUAUUUCUUUGACUUCAGAUUUGUGGUUUCUUGAACUAACUGGAGUGAUGUAAAAGAUGAGUCUCUUUAGGCGUUUCCUGUCUUUUCCAAGUGUUGGUGGUGUACUAUAAACAGGCUUCUCCUAGGAAGAAGCACUGACCAGUCUCACCCUUUAUCUCCUUGGGAUUGGAGUUUCUAGACUUACUGACUUUAGCUGAUUGUAUUAUUGAAUGGUUACUGUUGUGUGACUGAAAUAGCCUAUGUACCACCCAGCCCGGAUCCCUGAGGUUUUGGAGUGACUCCACCCUACUCAGGUCUCCACCCCUGUGGGUGAACUUGCCCUUUGUUCCUUCUGGCUGCUGAAUGUGUGAGUAAUGUCCCACGUGUAUGGAUUGCUGGCCACUGUGGAAUUUUACGGCUCCUCUAUUCAGAGCAGUGUAACUUUCAGGCUGCUUGGCCAAAGGCAUGGUUCUGGGACCUGUUCAGCUACCAUCAAGCAGUCACUGUAGAGACCAGGACACCUUGCUUCCCUGCCCAGGCAGGGAUGUGUCUGAGUUGCCUGUGGCCCACGUGACAGAUCACUUUGCCAGCUGUGUGGAGGAUGGAUUUGAGGGAGACAAGACUGGAGGCAGUAGUCCAGAAGUUUUGCACCGCCCCUUUGGUUGUGACGCUGAAUCUCAGGCACUGAAUGAAGCUAUCAGGUGGAGCUCCAAGGAGAACUUGCUGGGCGCCACUGAGAGCGACCCUAAUCUCUUUGUUGCACUUUAUGACUUUGUGGCAAGUGGCGAUAACACACUCAGCAUCACCAAAGGUGAAAAGCUACGAGUCCUUGGUUACAACCAAAAUGGUGAAUGGAGUGAAGUUCGCUCCAAGAAUGGGCAGGGUUGGGUGCCCAGCAACUACAUCACUCCAGUCAACAGCCUGGAGAAACAUUCCUGGUACCAUGGGCCUGUGUCCCGCAGUGCAGCGGAGUAUCUCCUCAGCAGCCUUAUCAAUGGCAGUUUCCUGGUGCGAGAGAGUGAGAGCAGCCCUGGGCAGCUGUCCAUCUCUCUCAGAUAUGAGGGACGUGUGUAUCACUACAGGAUCAAUACCACCACAGACAGCAAGGUGUACGUGACUGCCGAGAGCCGCUUCAGCACCUUAGCAGAGCUUGUUCACCACCACUCCACAGUCGCUGAUGGGCUAGUGACCACGCUACAUUACCCAGCACCCAAGUGCAACAAGCCAACCGUCUACGGUGUGUCUCCUAUCCACGACAAGUGGGAGAUGGAGCGCACAGAUAUCACCAUGAAGCACAAGCUUGGGGGCGGCCAGUAUGGAGAGGUUUACGUUGGCGUCUGGAAGAAAUACAGCCUUACAGUUGCUGUGAAAACACUGAAGGAAGAUACCAUGGAGGUAGAGGAGUUCCUGAAGGAAGCUGCAGUGAUGAAGGAAAUCAAGCAUCCUAAUUUAGUACAGCUGUUAGGUGUGUGCACCCUGGAGCCGCCAUUCUACAUUGUGACUGAAUACAUGCCGUACGGGAAUCUGCUCGAUUACCUCCGGGAGUGCAGCCGUGAGGAGGUGACUGCAGUGGUGCUGCUUUACAUGGCCACUCAGAUCUCCUCUGCCAUGGAGUACUUGGAGAAGAAGAACUUCAUCCACAGAGAUCUUGCUGCACGGAACUGCCUGGUGGGGGAGAACCAUGUGGUGAAAGUGGCUGACUUUGGUCUAAGUAGACUGAUGACUGGAGACACCUACACCGCUCAUGCUGGAGCCAAAUUUCCUAUUAAAUGGACAGCGCCUGAGAGUCUGGCCUACAAUACCUUUUCAAUUAAAUCUGACGUUUGGGCUUUUGGAGUACUGUUGUGGGAAAUUGCUACGUAUGGAAUGUCACCAUAUCCAGGUAUUGACCUAUCUCAAGUCUAUGACCUACUGGAAAAAGGAUAUCGAAUGGAGCAGCCUGAGGGAUGCCCCCCUAAAGUGUAUGAACUUAUGAGAGCAUGCUGGAAGUGGAGCCCUGCGGACAGGCCCUCUUUUGCUGAAACCCAUCAAGCUUUUGAAACCAUGUUCCAUGACUCCAGCAUCUCUGAAGAGGUAGCUGAGGAGCUUGGGAGAACUGCCUCCUCCUCAUCUGUAGUUCCAUACCUGCCUCGACUGCCACUACUUCCUUCCAAGACAAGGACCCUGAAGAAGCAGGGGGAGAACAAAGAGAACCUAGAUGGGGGCCUUGAUGCCUCCGAGAUCCUGGCCUCCAGCUCAGCACCAGCAGGGUUCAUUAGAAGCACCCAGGCCUCCAGUGGGUCCCCAGCUCUGCCUCGAAAGCAAAGAGAUAAGUCACCCAGCAGCCUCUUAGAAGAUGCCAAAGAGACAUGCUUCACCAGGGACAGGAAGGGAGGCUUCUUCAGCUCCUUCAUGAAAAAAAGAAAUGCCCCCAUGCCCCCUAAGCGCAGCAGCUCUUUUCGAGAAAUGGAGAAUCAGCCCCACAAGAAAUAUGAACUCACGGGUAACUUCUCACCUGUUGCUUCUCUGCAGCAUGCUGAUGGGUUCUCUUUCACUCCCGGCCAGCAAGAGUCGAAUCUGGUGCCAGCCAAGUGCUAUGGGGGGAGCUUUGCACAGAGGAACCUCUGUGGUGAUGAUGACAGUGGUGGGGGUGGGGGUAGUGGCACUGCUGCGGGUGGGUGGUCUGGUAUCACAGGCUUCUUUACACCUCGCUUAAUCAAAAAGACACUGGGCUUGCGAGCAGGUAAACCGACAGCCAGUGAUGACACUUCCAAGCCUUUUCCAAGGUCAAACUCUACAUCUUCCAUGUCCUCAGGGCUCCCCGAGCAGGAUAGGAUGGCAAUGACCCUUCCCAGGAACUGCCAGAGGUCCAAACUCCAGCUGGAAAGGACAGUGUCCACCUCUUCUCAACCAGAAGAGAAUGUGGACAGGGCUAAUGACAUGCUUCCAAAAAAAUCAGAGGAAGGUGCUGCUCCAGCCAGGGAGAGACCAAAAGCCAAACUAUUGCCCAGAGGAGCCACGGCUCUUGCCCUGAGAGCCCCUGAUCCAGCCAUCACUGAGAGUGACUGUCCAGGGGUAGGGGUGGCUGGAGUGGCAGCUGCCCCCAAAGGCAAGGAGAGGAAUGGUGGGACGCGGCUUGGAGUCGCUGGAGUCCCAGAGGACGCAGAGCAGCCAGGCUGGUCUUCUCCAGCCAAGGCUGUAGCUGUCCUCCCAACCACUCACAACCACAAAGUGCCAGUCCUUAUCUCACCCACUCUGAAACACACUGCAGCUGAUGUGCAGCUCAUUGGCACAGACUCUCAGGGGAACAAAUUCAAGCUCUUAUCUGAGCAUCAGGUCACAUCCUCUGGAGACAAGGACCGACCCCGACGGGUAAAACCAAAGUGUGCCCCACCCCCGCCACCAGUGAUGAGACUACUGCAGCAUCCGUCCACAUGCUCAGACCCCGAGGAAGAGCCAACUGCCCCCCCUGCAGGACAGCACACUCCAGACACCCAGGACGGAGGAAAAAAGGCAGCUCCAGGGCCAGUGCCCAGUAGUGGGAAACCUGGGAGGCCAGUGAUGCCUCCACCUCAAGUGCCUUUGCCCACAUCUUCCAUCUCGCCAGCCAAAAUGGCCAAUGGCACAGCAGGUACUAAGGUGGCCCUGAGGAAAACCAAACAGGCAGCUGAGAAAAUCUCAGCUGACAAAAUCAGCAAAGCGGCCCUGCUGGAGUGUGCCGGCCUACUGUCCAGUGCAAUCACAGAACCUGUGCCCCAUAGCCAGCUGGUGGACACUGGGCACCAGCUACUCCACUACUGCUCAGGGUAUGUGGACUGCAUCCCCCACACUCGCAACAAAUUUGCCUUCCGAGAGGCUGUGAGCAAACUGGAACUUAGCUUACAGGAGCUGCAGGUGUCUUCCACAGCUGCUGGUGUGCCUGGGACAAACCCUGUCCUUAAUAACUUAUUGUCAUGUGUACAGGAAAUUAGUGAUGUGGUGCAGAGGUAGCCAUUGUCAGCCUAGUGGGGAAAUGCACAUUCUGAGGGGAGAGGGAAAGGGACUUGUUUUCCUGUGUUCUCGUUCUCAAACAGUGAAAGACUGAUACUUGAGUGUGUUUAUGUGAAGUACCUCAGACCCCUGAGUUCUCACGUUUACAGGUUCAUCUCAGAACAGCAAAAAGGAAAUCACAUAAAUAGAUAAAGUGAAUGUGGUGGGGCAGGGCAGUGUGGACACAGUUGGAAACUGCACUGGAAAAUAAGCGAGCAUCAUGCAUACAUCAUAAAAGUGCAGCCCUCCCUCUCUGGAAUGGCCUGUGGCCUCCAUUGGGCUGCUCUCAGUUGUGCUGCAUCAUGAAACAGGCCUUGACCUGGCAGGUCCUGGGGGUUAUCACGUUUCAGUUCACCCUGCAAAUCUGGGGAACAGGAGAGAGCAAGUGAGGGAUGUAGCAGGCGCCGUUUUAUUCAAGGCUAAAGAAGUGUCUGUUGGUCUUGCUUCCACGGACAUUGCUGUUAUAGCAAGAACUGCAAAUUAGAUUACCAGAGUACUCAACUGGGAAACAUGACCCUAUCCGUCUGCUCUGUCCUGUUUACCGUGGGUGUGUGAGUUGGUGCAGAAAGUACAGAACAAGGGUGAGUGUAGUCAGAUGGACACCUCCAGACUCUCCUGCUCAUCAGCCGUCACGUCUCCCACUCUUCUGGCAUAUUACUUGCUAGUGGGCCAGUAUCCACCUGCUGCUUAUUGUCAGCUGUCUGUAAGCCAUGGGCAGAGGGCGUGGUCUUGGUUCUCUGCCCUUUGCUGGGCUGUCUGUCCUCCUCCAUUCCUGGCAGCAUACAUACCGGGCAUUACCCAGCAUCCAUGUUGAAAAUAGUGCUCACUACAGGUUCUCAUAGGAGACCUUCUAAGCCCCUGAACACUGACAUAAUGGCCACUUAGGCAGCUAUACAUAUCCUCUAGUUAUACAAGCACAUCCAGUACCUUUUUGAAACUGUGGCUGGCCUGGGGACCUGGGACUGAGGAGCUCACUCCAUGUGGCUGCUUGUACCUUUGCCCUCCUUAAUACCUUAAACCCGUCUGGGUGGACGUAGGGAAGCCAUCUUCACUGAGGGCUUGCCUCCACUGAUUCUCAGCAUUCUCUCUCUUUGCUCACACAUCAUCCCCAACCCCUUGUUGCACUUGGAGUUUGUGUUGGGAAUAUACUUCAUUUAUUUUCUCCUUUUAUCUCUAUGUUAAGAGUGCAUGGUAGGAGUGGGUUAUUUUCAGGGAGCACCAGUUAGGCCCAUAAACCUAAGGGUUUAACCUGAGAAUCAGUUUUGCCCUUCACAAAUGGGCAUUUCCCUCCCUAAUACAGUUAUGGAAGCUAAUAAAGUAACAUGGAGCAGGGCAGUAGCAGGUUAUGGAUUCCUGGUGCUUUGGGUGUUGAGUCUAAUUCCAGAUACUGAUUUUCUUUAACUUUGUGAACACCCUUUUCAUUCUUCAAAGAGAGCCAAUACAAAAUAUAGUGAUUUUUCUUCUUCCAAAGGAAUGUUAAUGUAGGAAGAUGGGGCUUGAGCACUAAGCAGUGUUUUCUUCCUGACUUAUUGAUCUGCUGUCAAGUCGCUGCCCUGUCUUCUGGUCUAUUAAUUGAAGGCCACAGCCCACAUUCUCAAGAGUGUCUUGCAGACUUAAUACACCACUCCCACUGAGAGGCUCUCUGGGAAGCUCUGUACUUAAUGCUGUUAUGUUGGGUCGCUUUUCAUUCUCUUCGCUGAAUCAUAAAUGAGAAACUUCUGAACUGCUGUGCUUACAGAGUCCUAAGGGGAAAACUAUUUCAAGUUGCAUUUGGCAUCCCUGACCGAGGAAGAAACUUAGUUUUCAAUUAGAAAAAGGAAAUUUGGAUGCCUGUCACUGCUGCUCCAGAGACAGCUCAGGGUAAGAGGAGGCUUGGGAUAAAGGAGACAGCCUUGCAUUGUUAAGUGUGUUCCCACAACUGCAGCCUGACAGCUAGGUUUCAGGCUAAUGCCCUGUAGUCACUGAAGAGAAUUCCCCCGCCUUGUUUGCCACUCUUCUCCUAUUGGAUGCACCCAUAAACUUGAAUCUGUUCUAGCAGUUAGCUCUGUACAUGUGGGGAGGAGGCAGAAGUGAAAACUUGAGGGCAUUGUUAAUGCUGCUUUAACAUAAAUCCCUGCUGUAGUGGGAUGUGCUAAGGGAUGGUUGCUGUUUUGGGUUUGGGUCUUGUUUUUGUUUGUUUGCUGUUGGUUUUCCUUUCAGAGUUCUGAAAACAGGCUUGGAGAAACACUACUGAGUCUCUUGGCUGUCUGCUUUUCUUAUUGUGAGGUGCUGAGUCAAGGCCCUGUCUCGCUCAUAGCGGGUCAUCACUAAAUCCAUGAGUUGAACUGACUUUUUCUCAACACUGUCAUGCGUAACAUUACAUGUCGUAGCACAUUCUCCACAUGAUGCAUGAACUGUGUACUUUUCAGGGAAUGAGGCCUCAGGCCACACAGGCACUGGCAACUUGCUGUGGAAGAAUUAUUUAGGUUUGUCUUGUAUAAUCUACCUGCAAGGGACCAGCUUAGAAAAGGGGGGGGGGGGGGGAUAGCAAAUUAAAAGGUUUGAAUCUAAAGCAGACGGAAGAGAAAGGGCUCUUGUUGAUAGUGUCUGGCAAUUUCUAAAGCCAUUCGACCUCUGCGUAUCUUGGCAUUGCCGUGGCUUGUUACUUCCCUGUACAAGUCUUGUGGUUUCAGUUGGGUUUCCCACCUUUAAAUGCAGUGUUUUGUGUCGAACAUACCCUAAUUAUGCUUUACAGGAAGCUCUUUUUAAAGCUUUGGGUAUGGUUAUAUUUCACAUUUUCAGGUGAUUCCCAUCAUGAUGUUCAGAGAAGAGACCCUAAAAUUGGCCUUUUGUAUAAGAUGCAUUUUGCAGUGAGAUGGACUGAAUUGAACAUGAUACACCAAGCUGGGAUCUGGCAUGUAAGAAAUUGAUUUGGUCAUUUUCAAGAUGACCUUUGUAAAAGGUCAUCACAGUGGACUGGAGACUAUCCAAGUUUCUGGCCUUAUUUUACGGUUUCAUUUAUAAAUGUUCGUACUUAAAAUCCUCCUUCGUUGACAAUUGGCUGGUAAAAUCAUUUGCUGUAAAUGAAGACUGGUUUUUGAGCCUAGGGGUACAGUAUUACCGCUGGCGUGAGGCAGUGUUCAUAGGAUCUAGCUCAGGUGCGUGGUGCGGUGACCACGCUGUGGAUGUUGACUGCUAGUAUUAACCUGACUCAGGAGCACACAGAAUCCUCUACAGGUUUUAAAGGAGGAAAACUGACGAAUUAGCCCCGUCUUGUUGGAAUUCCCAGUGGGAUGAGAGACUAGUGUGCUUCCCAAAAUCUUCUCCAGGUUUCACUCUCUCACUGCUGGCCGAACACUUUGUGUACAGAAGAGACGGGAGAGGACAGUUGUCACUAGUCCAUAUAUCUGGGAGCAGUUAAUGGCAGAGCUGAGACUAGAAUUCAGGAGUCCUGACAUUUUGGCAUCUCUCCACAACCUGCUUGCCUUGUGAGAUGCUCAGCUAGACAAUCAGUAUACAUGGUGCUGCACUCUUCUAAAGCACAGGUUCUGUCUGGCAGGCCCUGGUCAGGAAGGGUUUAGAUGUUUGGUAAUUGCAGUGUAGCUGGACAAGCCUGUAGUAAAACUCCACUCUGAAGAGAGCUUAGCACUGUUCUUCUAGACCUCAGGCACAUAGAGAUCUGCACUUUGUAGUUGAAGAACACCAGCGUGAGUUGUUUAAAAACAAAACGAUUGAAAAAUAACCUAGCCCAACACUCUUUUUCUCUUUUGUUCAAAAAGAACUGUUGUUCAGUGCCAUCCGAGGCGUGUGAGGCGGUGCGUCCGAAAGCACCUUGAGAGAUCAAACGCACUCAGCCAUGAAGCUGAGUUCUCAAUGUCUGUCGAGGAGGAGCUGACCUGGAUCUGCAGCUAGAAACUCACCCACCCACCUCUGUAGUUUUUACAGGUUUAUGAAUGAACGUGCUACGUGAGCACAUGAAGACACAGCCGGUUUGCUGAUAGUUGAGAGCUGAACAGCUUCAGAGACUAGGGCCGAUUUUAAGAAGUAGUCAAGUGGUAGCAUGUGAACCAGCAGUAAAGGGGCUAAGGCGAGAGAAUCUCAGGUUCUAGACCAACCGGCUAUAGAAUGAGAAGCAAAGGAGGAGUGGAUUGCUCGCUUGGGAGCCUGUAGCUCUUCCAGGCCCUUGAUUGGAAGAUGAAGGCCCUCUUUCUCUUGGGCAGUCAUCUACUACAUGCUCAUCUCUUGGUGUCCUUGCUGUGGGAGGAGCAGACUCAUUCCUGUUCAUGUUGACUUUUUUUUUUUUUUUCUUUUUUUUUUGGUUCUUUUUUUCGGAGCUGGGGACCGAACCCAGGGCCUUGCGCUUCCUAGGCAAGCGCUCUACCACUGAGAUAAAUCCCCAGCCCCCUGCUUCACCUUUCUUGAUCCUAUGUGGUAGGCUGAGAGGAGGAGGCCCUUCUGGACCAGCACCCACCUCCACACACUUCCUUUGAUCCCUGUACACCUAUAAAUCUGAGACUGUUUACCCCUCCUAGAUUAUAAUAUUCUUUAUUUCCCUGGUGCUGACGAACAAGAACACAGUAGCAGAACCCUGUUAGCCAGGGAUGAUAGAAGAGAGGCACACUUGAGUGGGUCUACAAAGCUACCAUCAUCUGAUAAAGUGUGUCCACUUGUCCUUGGACCAUAGCAUCUUGAGAAGAAUAGGGCUGUUGUGGGAUCCUGAGCUACUCAACUGCUUUGAAAGAUUGGACCCUAACCCUUUAGGACAUGGAGGAGGCAUUGUCAAAUGCUAACAAGGUAGUGAAAGGAAACACGGAGAGUUCUGUGGGUAGAGCUUGCUUUCUUAGGUUUGUUUCUGAGCUCCUGAAUCAAGCAGUUUAAAAUCUUUUUUUGUAACCAUACAAUUUAGGACUAGUGGAACUUCAUAAAAAUUUCAUAUACCUAGGUUCCUAAUUUUUAGCAGACAGAAAGUGAUGUCUCUUGUUGAGUCAGCACACUGCAGGGGCUGCAGUGCUCCAGGACCAUUAGUUCCCGCAUUAUCUUUGGUAUUCUUAAGACCCAUGCUGUGUUGUGAAUGAGAAUGCUGGUGGUCAGGGCCACAUGAGUGCGUUCUUGGUCUCCAUGGCCAGCUUCCACUGUGCCUCUUGAACUCCAAGAGAAGCGUUUGCUAAGACCUUGAGAAAUGACCUUCAGAAAAGUGAGGAUUCAGAAACCAAGGGAAGGUGAGGUGCUCCCUGCAGCUCCUUAUCACCUCUCUCUGAGGGCAGAGGCAGUGCCUGGUGAGCACACUGCACACACAUACUCCUUCCCUGUAGACCCUGCACUUCCUCUCCUUUGCAAUCUGAUUCUGUAAUGACUAUCAGUGGAGCUGCCCCAACUUUGUGUUUGCUUGAUAAAAGUAAAUUUGAACAUUUUGUGGUGGUUGAUAGAACUUUUUUCCUAAAACUUGCUAAUUCAGACUCUUUAAAACUCUAAUGUUUAUACCAAAGGUUACACUGCAGGCGUAGGUAGUACACAGAGGGUGACGCCCACAGUGGGCACUCUGUGCAUUGCUAAGGGGACACAGUGCCCAGUGAGACCAUAUGGGAUUUUACUAAAACACAUCAGUCAUGGGUCACACUACCACUGUUGUCAAGUAUUUGUUCUUAAUUGUUAUUGUAAUAUAUUUUCAAUUGUUCUUCUAAUUUAAUUUUCUCACUCUGUUGUCUGACUGUGAACUGCUAACAGUGUUAAAAACUUGAUGUAAAUAAAUGAUGCCCCUGGCAGGGACUGCUUCCUGCCAUGUCUCACAAGGUUUGCAAGUUGUGUUUUGUUUUAAAUAAAAGUUGAAAUAUUUUAUAGGCAAA